AUGGCUCAAGAUACUAAGCCAGGGGCCCACCCAGUCACUGGAAUUGGAGAACCAAGGGUCGACAACAAGUAUAAAAUGUUGGAAGAACGAUUAAGGGCUAUAGAAGGCUUCAAUGUAGUUGGAUUUGAUUCUUUGGAAAUGUGCUUAGUUCCUGAUAUAGUCAUACCCCCAAAAAUUCAAAGCACCAAAAUUCGAGAGAUCUUGCCUUAUCUAAUUCAAAAAGGGUUAGUGGAUACUAAACCCCUCCCUCCUGUACCAUUGUCACCUCCUCGUAACUUUGAUGCCAAUGCUAGAUGCGACUAUCAUGCUGACUCGCAGGGGCAUACUACCGAGAAAUGUUUAGCUCUCAAAUUCAAGGUACAAGAUUUGCUCGAUCGUAAGAUUAUCUCUUGCACUAAAGAAAAUCAGAACAUGAAGAAUCCGAUGUUGGGGCAUGUUGGCCUAGUUCUCAAUGCCAUUGGAGAAUCAGAAGACCACAUCCUAAUUAGAAAGGUAGAUCAAGUGAAAACUCCUAUGACUAGGAUACCUAAAAAAUUGAUUGUUUAUGGGUUGUUCAAAAAUUUGCACGCAAACUGUAAAGUUUGUCUUUUUAAUCCGGAACAAUGUGAGAAAAUGAAAAGGUGUCUUAAGAAGAUGAUGGACCAAGGUUUAGUUCAAAUCGGAAACUUAAAGAAAGUGGAGGAUAUUUCAGCUAUAGAAUCUCAGGGGCACAUACCCAUUGAGAUCCCUUAUCAAAGAAGAGAGAUUCAGACACCGGUUUGGAUACCUUUUCCGAUAUCUUUUCAGAUAUCUUUUCAUACUCCACUUCAGAGACUCAUUCAAAUACCAAUGUCGUCGACAUACCCUAUUGUCUUCCAUAUUCCUGCACCAUUUCUAUUUGAAAGUACUAAAUCAGUACCACAGAACUAUAAUGCCACAACAUAUGUGAGAGAGAAGCCACUAGUUCUAGAACCAGCAAUUACUAAUAUAGCUGGUAUCAGAGGCAUGACUCGUAGAGGAAGAUUGUUCGCCCCAGAACAACCACCAAAGAGGAGAAUCCCCGAGAGUUCAAAGGGAAAAGAGUCCAUAAGUUCAGAGGAGGGACCCUCCCAGAAGACUGCAUCUCGAGAAGAGGCCGAGGAAUUCUUGAGACUUAUCAAAAAGAGUGACUAUAAAAUGGUGGAUCGCUUGAACCAAACAACUUCUAAGAUCUCUACGUUGUAUUUACUACUAGGUUUCGUGGCUCAUAGGGAAGCUCUAUUAAAAAUCCUGAACGAGGCAUAUGUCACCAAGCACAUAAUGGUGGAUCAAUUUGAGGGAGUAGUAGCUAAUAUUACUGCUAGUAGUUGCUUGGGGUUCAGUAGUGACGAAUUACCUCCAGAAGGGCAUGCCCAUAAUAAGGCCCUACAUAUACCGGUCAAAUUCCAGGAUAGUAUCCUCUCGAGAGUAUCAGUGGUCACCGAAUCCUCUUUAAAUGUCAUGCUUAAGAACACUCUCAUGAAACUGAAUGAUGUAAGAACUUUAAUGAAAACCAGCACGUUGGUCGUCAAAACUUUUGACUGUUCAAAAAUAAAGUUGUCUUUUGGGAUGACCUUGGGUCCAUGCUACAGGGGCCGUCACUUCGACACUUCACUAGAUGCUAAAAUUAAUAAUGGGUGA